UUUUCCCAUUUGUUGCCAACUUUUUGGCGGUCACUGUAUAUGUUGUUUUUGGGUAUAGGUAUAUGUGUAUAUUGUCUGGGUGACCGAUUCGUAACUAAGCUUUAGGAUUCGAGAGAAGUAAAUUAGUUUGUUUUUCUCGUUACCAGUAUUUUAAAUACUGAUUUGAGAAAUGUUUAACAAUAUUGUAUUUAUGUAUUUGUUGGAAUAAAUGAUUUUCAAAAAACUGCCGUGGAAAUGUCAAAGAAUGGUGCAAGAGAUGCGACCAAGAAAUUUCUCAAGAGGAGAAAUGAAGUUAUACCUAUCUGAGCCGCUUUCGAGUGCAGAUUGCGAAGCGCCUAGAACACUCCACACCUGUCAUACUCCAUGCGUUGUUUUGCACUCCUCCACGGGUCAAGCUGUAGCCGGAGUACUUCGGAGAAACUCGGGAGGGCUCAAAGGGUGGCAUCCGAAAGCAGCUCUGGUUGCCCUUACAGUUGCUCACGCACGACCAGGCAUAUAAAAAGUACACCCUAAGGAACGCAAUCCACCUAGAACCAGCUUGUAACAAAUUUAUUCUAGGUUGACAUAUAUCGCCUCUAAUACACAAUUUACAUUAUCUGAGAUUUUUUUGUGCGAAAAAUAUAGGUAAAAGUAUAUUGGGGAGUCACGCAUAUUUUCAGUACCAAGGGCUCUUAAGUGAGUGAAACCGGUCUCGCUUUCAAACAUUGCAAACUGCAUCAGUUUACGAUUUGUCUUUUGUAUAGCGCAUGUAAGAAAUAAAUGCAAAACUAAACAUAAUGUUAUAUUGUUUAUUUUUGCAUCAAUUGCAUCGCAGCUUUAGUCUGGUUUUUAUUCCUUAAAUAGUUCCAUCAACAUGUCUUCUUCAAGUGAUUUAAAUAUGACAAACGAUACAUCUAUCGACUUAGAUGAUCAAUUAUCCAAAGAACAUAAAAGUUUGACUUUUGCGGACAAAGAAUUUUCCAUUAACGAUGUGGGUAUUUCAUCGUGUGAAGCAUUUGAAGCAAAGACUCCUAUAUUACCACAGCAUCAAAAAUACUUAACAGAAAUUUCGGAAUUUCUAGAAGGCACUAAAUUCGCAGAUGUUAUUACCAUUGAAAAUUCAAAACAUGUACAAGUUGGACACGUAAUGUACACAUGUCAUACAGCUACUGAAGAAGCCUUCACCCAAGAAAAAAAUACCCUAAAUAUUCGACUGAUUCAAACUUAUCAUAUUGAAAGCAAAGGAUGGGCAGACAUUGGUUAUAACUUUUGUGUGGGCUCAGAUGGUAAUGUUUAUGAAGGCAGGGGGUGGUUUGCGCAAGGAGCUCACACGCUAACUUACAACCCAUACUCCGUGGGCAUUGCAUUUCUUGGUUGUUUUCUCCAACACUUGCCCCCGAAUACAGCCCUGAAAAGAUGCAAGGACCUCAUUGCGCAAGGUGUGAAAAUCGCGGCUAUUGAACCAGAUUACGAACUGAUAGCGCAUUGUCAAUGCAGACCUUUCAGAAGUCCAGGGCCAAGACUUUUUGAAGAAAUCAAGACUUGGAAGAAUUUUAAUCCUCAUAUAACAAAUACUAUGCUGUGCCCAUUGGAGGUGUAUGAAGACACCUAG